AUGCCCUUGGAAGGGAUUUUUGUAGAACCCUCUUCAAAUCAAGUCCCUGAUCUUUCUCUACACAUUAGUCCUCCCAACAGUUCCUCAUCGGCAAUCUGCAAUGGCGUUAGUGAAGUUGCAGCAAAAUUCGAUCUUUCUACAAGAUGCGAAGAAAACGCAUCCAAGAGUUGUAAUGCCUUCAUUCAGCUGUCCUUAGCUCACCCUGCAACUACUGUCAACGGAGAAAGCCAGUUUCGACGAAAUUUCUAUGGUGGAGGUCAAGAAGAACAACCACAAAACCCUUAUCACCAUAUCUACCAAUCUAAUAGCCAGAUAAAUCACAUGAACCAUGGGGUUUCAGUGCUGGAUGUUUCCGACGGUUUGAGGCCUAUAAAGGGUAUUCCGGUUUAUCCCAACCGUCCAUUCCCGUUCUUGCCUCUGGACCAUGUCAGCAGAGAGAAGGAUCCAAAGAUGUGCUUCUAUCAAUUGACUUGUCCCUCUUGGUCAUCCUCUAUAGCAUCGUCUUCUUCUUGUACGUCUUUAUGUUCUCCUUCUGUUUCGCACUCAGCUUCACCUUAUUUUGGUGGUGGUUUGGAUCAUAUGUCGAUUUUGAACUCGGUGCCUAACACUUCCUCUUCGGCUUACCGAAUACCCACCGGUGGUGGCCCAAGGUUUAAUGGGAUGUCUUCCUCUUACCAAUUUCAUCGUCAUCAUAAUCAACAGUAUGGAGUAGGGCCUUCUGAGGCUUCUCAUGGAAUGAUGAGAUCAAGAUUUCUUCCCAAACUCCCGACAAAACGAAGCAUGAGGGCACCCAGAAUGCGAUGGACUAGCACCCUUCAUGCGCGUUUCGUUCACGCAGUUGAGCUUCUUGGUGGCCAUGAAAGAGCUACUCCCAAGUCAGUUCUUGAGCUUAUGGAUGUCAAAGAUCUCACUCUAGCUCAUGUCAAAAGCCAUUUACAGAUGUAUCGAACUGUUAAAACCACUGACAAGCCUGCUGCUUCUUCAGGCCAUUCGGAUGGCUCCGGUGAAGAUGAUCUCUCCACAAUAGGCAGUGCUGGUGCCAGUGACCGGGCCAGAAUGCGCCGACUCAUUGAUCAAAGAGGCUCAUCCGAUGGAUCUUUGCAACAAGAAUCUGAUUACCCUUCUAAUGCAAGCACAUUAUGGAGCAACUCCUCAAGCAAUAGAGAGGGUUGGUUACAAGCAAAUGCUGGGGACAUGAAUGGUCUCAUAUCGUCAUUUUCUCCGUCACAACAAAAUUCCAGUCGCCAGAUAGAGGAAUAUGAUUCUUCAAUACCGAAGAGCUAUCAAGGGUCUAAAACGGAUUAUAAAAACCCAAGCUUAGAGUUCACACUUGGCAGACCAGACUGGAAUGAAAAAGAGCAUGUCUGA